GAGGUCAGGUGAUCGAGAUCAUCCUGGCCAACAUGGUGAAACCCCGCCUCUACUAAAAAUAAAAAAAUUAGCCGGGCUUGAUGGCGUACACCUGUAAUCCCAACUACUCGGGAGGUUGAGGCAGGAGAAUCGCUCGAACCCGGGAGGCGGAAGUUGUAGUGAGCCGAGACGGUGCCACUGCACUCAGCCUAGCGACAGAGACUCCGUCUCAAAAAAAAAAAAGACGCAGAGAUAGAGUUGCCGCCCGAAAGGAUACAGAAAGGAGAGGCGAAAAACUUAUCCGAAUCCUCACUACUUCCUUACAACUGGCGACCAAGUGGACCAAAAACCUCCAAAAAACCUCAGUUGGCUGGACUACCCGGUCCUUGCUCUCCUUCCUGGGCUUCUGUACCCGGCCGGAACUUUAGUGUUCUGACGCCUUGUUUGGCAUCGGAAGGGAAAAACAGAUGGACCUAUAAGUGAAAAGUGGCUUCUGGUUGGAAGCCACACUAUAGGCUCGGGGAGGUAAGCGGUGGUAGGUUGGCGUUUGAUGUGUCCCGGGUGUGGGGAGGCGACAGAGCCCUGGCAGUUGAGGGUUGCGGGGCCUCCCCACCGCGGCGAAGGUCUAGCCUUCGGAGGCCAGGCCGUGAGUGCCGGAGGUAAACGCCAAGGCGGAAGAGUUUUGCCACUCACUACCUCAGUGACCUCGGGUAAAUUAGUCUUGGAACGUCGGUUUCCUCGUCUCCAUAAUUGAAAUAAUAAUAGUUCCUCUCUGAGGAUUGUUGUGAGCCGUCAGUGAAACCCUUAGAGCAGUUUCUGGCACAUGGUAGAAUUGGGCUAUUUGCUGAAGCUUCUUCGUAGCCCUUGGUAGCCCAGGAAGAAACUUAUGUUUUGAUUUUUUUGUACCAUGGCUUUGUUUCACAAAGUGCUGCGUGGUACUUAUAUUCUCAGAAAAUGCUCUAAGCCAACUUCUGCCUUGCAUCCACUUUUGGGUAUUCGCUUUGCAGACUAUUCCAGUAGUCUUCAGAAACCAGUGGCUUCUCCUGGCAAAGCCUCCUCACAGAGGAAGACUGAAGGGGGUUUGCAAGGACAUCACCAGAAAGAAGUUGCUUUGGAUAUAACUUGUCCUGAGGAGAAACCUGAUGUUAGUUUCGAUAAAGCAAUUAGAGAUGAAGCAAUGGACCAUUUUAGGCGUUUGAAGGAUGAAAUUGUGAAUCAUUGGAAGGGACCGGAAGGCCGCCCUCUGCAAGAGGCCUUGCUGGAACAAGCCAAGGUUGUCUGGCAGUUCCGCGGGAAAGAAGAUUUGGAUAAGUGGAGAGUGACUUCUGAUAAGACGAUUGGAGGCAGAAGUGAAGUGUUUUUGAAAAUGGGCAAGAAUAACCAAAGUGCACUGCUCUAUGGAACUCUGAGCUCUGAGGCACCUCAGGACGGGGAGUCUGCCCGCAGUGGGUACUGUGCAAUGAUAUCCAGGAUUCCAAGGGGUGCUUUUGAGAGGAAGUUGUCUUAUGAUUGGUCGCAGUUCAAUACUCUGUAUCUCCGUGUACGUGGGGAUGGUCGGCCUUGGAUGGUGAAUAUCAAGGAGGACACAGAUUUCCUCCAGAGGACGAAUCAGAUGUAUAGUUACUUCAUGUUCACCCGUGGUGGACCCUACUGGCAGGAGGUCAAGAUUCCUUUUUCCAAAUUUUUCUUCUCUAAUCGAGGAAGAAUCCGGGAUGUUCAGCAUGAGCUUCUGCUUGACAAGAUCUCUUCUAUAGGAUUCACCUUGGCUGAUAAAGUGGAUGGUCCAUUCUUUCUGGAGAUAGAUUUUAUUGGAGUGUUUACUGAUCCAGCCCAUACAGAAGAAUUUGCCUAUGAAAAUUCUCCAGAGCUUAACCCAAGGCUUUUUAAAUAAAGAUUAUGUGGUAGUUUUGUUUUACUACUCUAAGGCUACUAGCAUCUAUAAUGAUGUAGACAAAAUAAAAUAUUUCUUUAAUGGCAUCCAA